AUGUCAGUUCCCGUCGAAAUCGCCGAAAUAAUCUUCCGGAAGAAAUCACAAUACGGCCGAUACAUUGACACCAAGCAAUGGGACAAAUUCGACCAAGUUGCAUUGCCUGAUGCCGAAUUCAUCUUCUUCGAUACCGACGGGUCUAUCCUAAAGGCCGGGAAUACCUCACUUGCAUUUCCAUCUUCUACAGCUUUUACAGGAUUUUUCAGCAAAUUCUUCGCAAAUGCACAAACGCUCCAUAUGUUCGGACCUGGAGAGUUGCAACUGAAAGCUAUUGAUGAGACCAUGGACCCGGCAACCGCAACGACGGACUCUUGCCAGCCGCUGAGGAUUCUCUCGCUUGACGGGGGUGGAAUCCGUGGCAUCUCAAGUCUACUCAUACUGGAGAGGAUCAUGGAGAUGAUCCGCGAUGCCGAGCGCCUUGACCACGUUCCGCGACCGCGCGACCAUUUUGACUUGAUCGGUGGCACAAGCACUGGAGGGAUCAUCGCCAUCAUGCUUGGAAGGCUAGGCAUGACAGUCGAUGAAUGUAUACGAGCGUAUAGACAAGUUGCGGAGCAAGCAUUCACCCCGAAACGGACAUCAAUAUUACCUGCAUCGCCCACAGGUGCGUUCUCAGCAAAAGCCCUCGAAAAUGCCAUGAAACAGGUAGUCAGAGAGUACUGUACACACAUCGAAUGCGUAACCCGCCGGCGCCAAGGGCAGACAACUGUCAAUUCGUGUUCACAUUGCGAUAUGGCUUUCCGGGACAACACAUGCACGAAAACUGUGGUCUUGGCGAUCACGAAAGAUAAUGUCGAUGCACCACCAACGCUCUUCAAGACAUAUGAUCGAUCCGCUGCCUUCGAUAGUUCUACCCUUUGGCAGGUCGCACGAGCGACGUCAGCAGCAACGACCUUUUUCAAGUCCAUCAAAGUUGGCCGAGAUGAGAUCGAGUUCAUUGAUGCCGGUUUUGGAUACAAUAAUCCAUGCAGUGUUCUGAUCCAGGAGGCCCAGCGAGAGUUUCCUGAUCGCGGAAAAAUGCGGAUUCUAAGCAUCGGAACUGGCCUAGGUGAUGUCGUUACUAUCAAAGACAAACGACUGUCUAUCAUUACUGCGCUAAAAAGAAUGGCCACAUCAUCUAAGAAGGUAGCAGCAGACGUCGAUUAUCGCUAUGGCGGGAAUGGUGAAUACUUCCGGUUCAACGUUGAUCAAGGCCUUCAAGAUAUCACGUUGUCCGAUUGGGAGAAAGCUAGCAAGAUAUCCGCGCACACCCGGAACUACCUAGCGGAGAAUGAGCGGGUGAUCAAGAAAUUGAUCGAUGAAAUCACCCGUCCUCCUCGAGUCUCUAGGGCGGAUGGAGAUAGGCCUAUUAGCCAUGGCAGAACUCGUCUUAGCGGGCCUUUUUUCUCUAUCCCACUCCGUCAAAACCGUCACUUUGUAGGACGUGGAAAGGAAUUAGAUGGGCUCAAGCAGAAAGUGCUGAUCCAGAAAAAUAAUGGGAGACUCGCAGUCUUCGGGCUAGGAGGUGUCGGCAAGACCCAAAUCGCACUGCAAGUUGCGUACUGGGCGAGACAAAACAUGCCCUCUUAUUCUAUCUUUUGGAUAUCAGCACUGAGCAAGGCGAGUUUUGAGCAGGCUUGCACGCAGAUUGCGACAAAGCUAGGAAUUAGCAAAAUUUCAGAUAAUGAAGAUGCCAUGGAGUCAGUACAACGGCAUCUGAGUUUGGAAUCAACCGGACCCUGGCUUCUGAUUGUGGACAAUGCGGACGAUAUGGCCUUGCUAUUCGGAAGCUCAGAUUCGCCAGGAGGAAUGAGCCAAUAUCUUCCAGAGAGCGAGCUCGGUGUGACACUACUAACUACUCGCUCUCGAGAGAUAGCCGUGUCAUUUGCUGGAAAUGACGUUACGAAACUCCGGGAAAUGCAUUUACCAGAGGCGACAAGUUUAUUGGAAAAAUCACUGAUCCAAAGAGACUCGCGUCAAGACGGAGGAGAGACAGAGCAGCUGCUCGAAGAGCUCAACUAUUUGCCUCUAGCGAUCACGCAAGCGGCUGCCUACAUGAACACGGCAGAUAUAUCAAUUUCAAAAUACCUCUCAUUGCUACGCGGCACAAAGAGCGAUGUGAUCAAUCUCUUAGGCAGACAAUUUCACGAUAGCACUCGCUACAGGGGAUCGCAGAACGCCGUGGCUACCACCUGGCUGAUCUCCUUUCAGCAGAUUCACAGAACGGAUGAAGCUGCAGCCAACUUAUUGUCAUUUAUCUCGUGCAUCGAGCCGAAGGCGAUCUCACAGUCGCUCCUACCUGACUUUGGAUCAGAAGAACAAAUAGUCCACGCUAUUGGCACAUUGUGUGGCUAUGCCUUUCUAGCCGAAAGAGAUGAUGCUUUAUAUGAUAUGCAUAGCCUGGUCCACUUGGCGACGCAAGUAUGGGUUCAAGAGCAAGGAUUUACAAAGCAGACAAUGGAAAGAGCAGUCCGUCAUUUAGCGGGCGCCUUCCCAUCGGAUGAUUAUACCAACCGCAAGUUGUGGCGGAUUUUCCUACCUCAUAGCCUGCGGGCUCUCCAGGAAAGCGAAGGGCAUGACACAGAGGAGAGGUCGGAGCUAAAUUUCAAGGUUGCGCGGUGCCUGGAAGCAGAUGGCAGGAUCAGAGAGGCUGUACGUUUUUAUGAAGAAAUAUGUCGGUGGAACGAAUGCCAGUACACGGAGGACCACCCCUCUCGACUGGCAUCAUAUCAUGCGCUCGCCAGCGUAUACCAAGACAACGGCCAGAUCGGCGAGGCAGUCAAGCUGCUUGAGUAUGUGGUUGCAGUAAAUGUGACAACCCUAGCCAAGGAGCACCAUGACCGACUAGCAUCACAGCAUGCGCUUGCCAGCGUAUACCAAGCUAACGGCCAGAUCGGCGAGGCAGUUAAGCUGCUUGAGUACGUGGUUGCAGUAUAUAAGACAACCCUGGCUGAAGAGCACCCUGACCGACUUGCAUCACAGCAUGUGCUCGCUAGCGUAUACCAAGCUAACGGCCAGAUUGGCGAGGCAGUUAAGCUGCUUGAGCAUGUGGUUGUAGUACAAGAGACAACCCUGGCUGAGGAGCACCCCUCUCGACUAGCAUCACAGCAUGCACUCGCCAGCGUAUACCAAGACAACGGCCAGAUCGGCGAGGCAGUCAAGCUGCUUAAGUAUGUGGUUGCAGUAUAUAAGACAACCCUGGCUGAAGAGCACCCCUCUCGACUAGCAUCACAGCAUACGCUCGCCCGUGCAUACCAAGCUGACGGCCAGAUCGGCGAGGCAGUCAAGCUGCUUAAGCAUGUGGUUGCAGUAUAUGAGACAACCCUAGCCGAAGAGCACCCCUCUCGACUAGUAUCACAGCAUGAGCUCGCCUGUGUAUAUCAAGCUAACGGCCAGAUCGGCGAGGCAGUCAAGCUGCUUAAGCAUGUGGUUGCAGUACAUAAGACAACCCUAGCUGAAGAGCACCCCUCUCGACUGGCAUCACAGCAUGCGCUCGCCAGCGUAUACCAAGACAACGGCCAGAUCGGCGAGGCAGUCAAGCUGCUUAAGCAUGUGGUUGUAGUAAGAGGGACAACCCUAGCUAAGGAGCACCCCUCUCGACUAGCAUCCCAGCAUGCGCUUGCUAUUGCAUAUCAAGCUAACGGCCAGAUCGGCGAGGCAGUUAAGCUGCUUGAGCAUGUGGUUGCAGUACAAGAGACAACCCUAGCUAAGGAGCACCCUGACCGACUGGCAUCACAGCAUGCCCUCGCUAGUGCAUAUCAAGCUGACGGCCGGAUCGGCGAGGCAAUCAAGCUGCUUAAGCAUGUGGUAGCGGUAGAAGAGAGAGCCCUAGCUGAAGAACACCCCUCUCGACUAGCAUCGCAGCAUGAGCUCGCCCGUGUAUACCAAGCUGACGGCCAGAUCGGCGAGGCAGUCAAGCUGCUUGAGCAUGUGGUUGCGGUAGAAGAGACAACCCUAGCUGAAGAUCACCCCUCUCGACUAGUAUCACAGCAUGCGUUGGCAAUAGUAAAACAGCUGUAUGAGAAGGAGCGACGGGAUUGA